AUGGCUGAAAAAAGUGGAAAAGAUUCAAAGAAAUGGGAAAAAUACAUUGUUUAUGUUAUACUUGUAUUGAUUCUAAUUGGAGUUGUCAUUGCUAUUCCGAUUGUUUAUUCAACUGGGAGACAGCCAGACACUACUAUCGAUCAAAAUGCAACAAAUAUUUCAACAGCCUAUACAGAUAAUGAAUGUACACAACCAAUGAAAAUUACAAACGUAUAUCAUUUAGAAAAUCAAGAACCGUUUCCAUAUAAAUUUCAUAGUUUUCUAUAUCGUCCAAGUGUUAUUUUAAAAAAAGUUUUGUUAAUAUUUGGUUUUCGUCAUGAUGUUAGCUCUUGGUCAUUAGAUAAAAUCUCAUUUGUUGAUACAACAAUAAAUGUUGAUAAAAUUGAAGACGGAGAUUUUGAAAAUAAUUAUUUAAGAAAACAAUAUGAUCAAUGUAUAUUAUCAAAUACACGAAGUUCAUUCAGUGAUAUCUUAUUUGAUAUACCUUAUUCGGGAGAUUUUUAUUAUAAUGAUCAAACUAAAGUUGGAAUGACUUAUUUAACACAACCAAUCGAUGUUAUUGGUGGAAGGUACUAUAAUAUUUCAUUUUAUAUUGAAAAUCGUGGUUAUCCAGAAAACUAUUUUGUUCUUCUUGUUGGAGCUAUUAAUUAA